AUGGCCCAGAUUGGAGACGCUUCCCCGUCCUCCGGCUCGGUAGCCCGUAGGAGUUCGGGCAGCGGAGGAGGAGCCUCUGCGGAGCAGGCAGCAGAGAAGGCGGGGACAAUGGAGGAGGAGGAGAUGGGGGCGGCGAAGGCAUACGCGGUCCAGGAAGCUGAGAUGAAGCUGGAGUCAGGGCAGGAGCCGAACCCCGUGCCUGAGAAGAACUUGAUGUGGAGCGGCAGUGGCGACGCUGAGAAGGUGUUCCCACCAACCCCCUCUAGCUGUCACAGCAGCAGCUCAUCUGCUUGCCCGCGUCGCAAGCCCCGCCCUCGGCCCCAGUCCCGGUCCCGCUCCCUUGGCCGGCCCGGGCUCUUGGCCCCACCCCCACCUGCCAUCCGGCCCCAGUCUCUCCCACUGCCGCAGCCACCUCCGCCCCCAUCGCGUUCCCCCGCCUGGCGCAAGUCCAGGCGUAGAUCCAUACCUGGGGCCAGGCCCCAAACACGGAGAGGCUGCUCUGGUAACCCAGAGGGCUCUGGCUAUCGAGGCCAGGUUAAAUUUGAUCCGGGUUCCACAGGCUGCUUUCAUGUGCAGAAAUUUAAAGUAGCCAAAAAUUGGCAGAAGAACCUGCGGAUGAUCUACCAACGUUUUGUUUGGAGUGGGACCCUGGAGACUAGGAAACGUAGGGUAAAGCCAUGUAUCUGUCAUGUAUGUAGCACCCAUAUGAACAGACUCCACUCUUGUAUGUCUUGUGGCUUUUUUGGCUGCUUUACUAAGAAACAUAUUCAUAAACAUGCAGAAACAAAACGGCACAACUUAGCAGUAGACGUCUAUUGUGGAGUUAUAUAUUGCUUUAUGUGUAAAGAUUAUGUAUAUGACAAAGAUAUAGAACAGAUUGCCAAAGAAACAAAAGAGAAAAUUUUGAAAGUAUUAACUUCCACCUCAACAGAAUUUUCUCAUGAACAAUUUAUGACAUUGGGUGUUGAAGAGAAACAAUCACCCUGUGAGUCAAACGAUCUGGAACCAAAAUUGGUGAAACCCAAGAAAAAGAGGAGAAAGGAGUCAGUGUAUACUGUAGGCCUCAGAGGGCUAAUCAACCUUGGGAACACCUGCUUUAUGAAUUGCAUUGUCCAGGCACUUACUCAUACUCCUCUACUAAAAGAUUUCUUCCUCUCUGAUAAACACAAGUGUGUAAUGACAAGUCCAAAUUUAUGUCUAGUCUGUGAAAUGACUUCUCUUUUUCAUGCUAUGUACUCUGAGAGCCGAACUCCUCAUAUUCCCUGUAAGUUAUUGCACCUGAUAGGCAUUCAUGCAGAACAUUUAGCUGGGUACAGGCAGCAGGAUGCCCAUGAAUUUCUUUUUGCGAUAUUAGAUGUGCUACAUAGACAGAGCAAAUAUGAUAGUGUUGAACAGGAGGCCAGUAACCUCAACUGCUGUAAUUGCAUCAUAGACCAAAUCUUUACAGGUGGCUUGCAAUCCGAUGUCACCUGUCAAGCCUGCCACAGUGUCUCUACCACCAUAGACCCAUGCUGGGAUAUCAGCCUGGACUUGCCUAGCUCUUGUGCUACACUUGGUUCCCAGAGCCCAGAGAAGGCUGACAGCACAGUGAGCAGGGAUGACCACAUACAAGGAAGCCCCUCACUUACGGAUUGCCUGCAGUGGUUUACGAGGCCAGAGCACCUAGGAAGCAGUGCCAAAAUCAAAUGUAGUAGUUGCCAAAGCUACCAGGAAUCUACCAAACAGCUUACAAUGAAGAUAUUGCCUGUGGUGGCCUGUUUUCAUCUAAAGCGGUUUGAACUUGUAGGCAAACAGAGGCGAAAGAUUAAUACUUUUGUCUCUUUUCCCUUGGAACUAGACAUGACUCCGUUUUUGGCCUCUACUAAAGAGAGCAUGAUGAGAGAAGGCCAUCCACCAACAGAUUGUGUUCCCAAUGAGAAUAAGUAUUCCUUGUUUGCAGUGAUUAACCACCAUGGAACUUUGGAAAGUGGUCACUAUACCAGCUUUGUCCGUCAACAAAAGGACCAGUGGUUCAAUUGUGAUGAUGCCGUCAUCACCAAGGCUACCAUUGAAGACUUACUCUAUAGUGAAGUGUAUUUACUGUUUUACCACAAGCAAGGUCUAGAGAAAGACUAG